GUGUAUUGAGAGUAGCAUUGGGAUCGGGGGCACUUACCUGUCUGUGGGGUGCAGUGAGUAGUUACCUCGGUAUGAGGGUUCCGCAAGUCUCGUGGAAACUCUGGCCUGUUAUACUUUCGUUUCACCCCCGGCCCCUCCCCAAGAUCGGAAAGCGAAAGUGAAAGGAGCCGCUACCCGGGGGGGAAGGGACAGACUCGUUACUAGAACAGUAACUGGUUCGGGGGAUAGAGAGUAGGACUUAUAGGGGGUGCGGUAGUUCUGGGUGCAGGAGGGCAGACAGAGGGUCAGACACGGACUCGGGGGAGCGAGAGAAUAAGCGGCAGGUCGUGGGGAGAGGAAAAACGCCGAGUUGGGGAACGCACUGUCAUUAGUGGGGCUGGGGGGUAUCGGAAACCGAGAGGAAUUUGAAGCUGUACCAAUGGCAGAAGCAGCGCUGAUUUCGGGGGACGAGAGAUACCCCAUCCUGAUCUCUGUUCUCUCCCCGAUCCCGAACUUAAAAAACACCGUACUGUGCCGGGGCUUAGUGAUAUAUUUCCAGUCUAAAGGGGAAUCCGGGGGAGGGCAGUGUGAUGUGACCGCAACCGAGAACCCACAGCUUUACCGGGCGGUAUUCAUUAACAAGGAGGAUAAGGAGAAUGUGCUUAAGAGAAAGGAGCAUACGUUUCACUUUAAAGGUUCUGAACUGAGAUUAUCUGUGCAAGAGGAUGGAAGGCAAGAGAUAAACUCCAGCAGCAGCCAAAAAUCAGAGGAGAAUAUGGAGGCUAAGGCUUACAGCAAGAUGGGGUAUGAACCUCUAGGGGAGAGAGAAAUAUUCCCAAAGGCCAUUGCAUUUUUAGACCCUGCCUUCUCUGAAUUGUUGAAGAAGAAAAACUUUCCAUCUGUGGAAGUGAGGGAAUCACCUAAAGGGGAGCUGGAGAUAACAGGCUCCUUUUCUGCAAUUCAGCAGGUGCACGACUAUAUGAAGGAGCAAAUAAUGGGCCACAAAGAUACCAACUCCCUUCCAUAUAAUGCAGAAAAUCAGCCCCCAGCACAAGGCGAAGACACAGCGUGUAUGUCGCCAGCUCUGUACCAAUACUUUAGAGCAAUUUUCCCAGAUGUGGUUGAUAAGAUAAAAGGUCAAUAUAAGGUGGAAAUGAGGGAUCACUGCACAACACCAGAAAAUACGGUUAUACAUUUUUUUUCAACCAGCCCAGAUUCCAGCAUUGAGAAAGCCAAGCAGUGCUUUAUUGAGGCCAUACAGCGGAUAACUACAGACUGGAGUCAAAUAACAGUGGAGUUAGAGAAAAACAUGUCAGCGAGUGACAUCGAACGCAGAGUGCGGGAAAAUUGCAGCAAAACGCAGACCAUAUUGGAUGGGGAUAAAAUUACUCUGCGGGGUCCUAAACGGGAAUUAUCUGAGGCCAAGAGGCUGUUAGACUCCCCUGCACCCCAGAGAUUCGUGCAGAUCUCAAGCCACAACAUGAUAAGAGACCUGAGAUUGGAUGGGAGUCACUGGGACCUCCUGAAGGAACUGAAAUACAAUCAAAUUAAGGAAAUAGAAGAUAAGUACAAUGUAAUGAUAACUGAGAAGAGAAAUAAUGGGGAUAAACAUGUACAAAUCACUUUCACCACAACGAAUGGCCCCCCUGACCUCUCGCCUCAUGCUUGCCAGAUCUUUCUCACUCUGUUGCACAAAACAUUCUCCAACAUUAUACAAAGAGAGAUUAAAAUGAAACCAGGAUUUCAGGAAACCAAAUUGUCUUCUCUCCAAACAGAAAUGAGAAAUAACCAUAUAGAGAUUGUCACUAACUGGCACAAUGGUUCCCUGACUUUGAUUGGCUCCCUGGGUAACAUACACACUGCUGAAAAGAUACUCCACAAAUGGCAAAAUGGUGGUGCCACUGGUGCAGAAGGAGGGGAAGAUGAGGCAAUGGACACCAGCGAUUCCCCAUCAACUGAAAUAAGAAAGAAACAAGAGGAAGAUAAGUGCCCUGUAUGUCUGUGUGAGCCUCAUCCCAAGCUGGUUCUAAAGAAAUGCAAACAUGUCAUCUGUGCCGGGUGUUGGGAACAAGCCAUGAAGCACAAACCAGUCUGCCCAGUGUGUAACGUCAUAUAUGGAGUGGUUAUAGGGAACCAACCUGAGGGGAGAAUGUCACAUUCAGCAGCCAACUUUAAAUUGCCUGGCCAUAACUGUGGCACUAUAACGCUUAACUAUAAUUUUCCAAAUGGAGUUCAAGGGGAAAAUCACCCCAAUCCUGGGAAGCCGUAUUCUGGCACUUACAGAACCGCCUACUUACCUGAUAGUAAAGAGGGAAGAGAAGUCCUACAGCUGCUGGAGAAGGCCUUUAAGCAGAAAUUAGUCUUCACCAUAGGGGAGUCCCGCACAACUGGUGCUGAAAACACUGUCACCUGGAAUGACAUUCACCAUAAAACCAACACUGUCGGCGGGCCCCAAGAGUUUGGUUAUCCGGAUCCUGAUUAUCUAAAGCGUAUAAGGGAAGAGCUGAAGGCCAAAGGAAUUGAGUGAUCUGUUGGGACUCCUGAGAUUCUGGGCCACAUUUCUGGGAAAUUUAGUGGAUAUAUGAUUAAUGAUAGGGUGUUUAGAGUUUAAGUUUUGAAAGCAAUCUGGGUUGUUGAAUUAGGGAAGUAUUUACUCAAAAUCAGAGCAUAACCAAGAGGUACUGGCACCCAAUACAAGUACUAUUUGUCCCUUUACCCACUCUCCACAACCCCCAAUAGCAGCAACUCACCUGCAAGAUGCUCUUUCUUGCCCAUUUGAAACGUGGUGGCCUAUUUAUCAAGUCUCAUUUUAGUGGUUUUAGAAGUUUUUGAAACCACAACUAAACUCACUAAAACCACGAAUGUCAUAAAAUGUAUUAAAAAAAUUAAAAUAAAAAAAAAGUACAAACUAAAAAUAACACAGUUUCCAUUUUCAUCCCAUAUAGGCCAGUACAAACAGCAGCUCUGUCUCCUCAAGAUAAACUAUAGUUCCCUUAUUGGGGGGGACUAUAGAAGAGAAACUGUGUGUAGAGACAGUCACCAUUGCAGUCUGCACCCAUAUUCUUGGGAUUGGGCAGAAAUAGUUUUCAUUGUGCCUUAUUGGCCUUGGGCUCCUAAAACCAUAGCAAUCAGCAAGUAUCACCUAUUUAAAAGCAAUCACCUGCUUUGUUGCCCCUGGCUAUUAGACCAAGUUCAGUUGUGACUUUAAUUACAUUUCCCCUUAAAUUCACCAAUUUGUAAUUUAAUAAUAAUAAUUUAAAGGGUAAUCUUUAAGUAUAAUUAAAGUGAAUGCCCCCUUCCUUUUCGU